AUGCGUAUGAAAAAAAUCUUAUUAAAAUUAAAAAUUAAAAAAGAAACGAAUUUUAUCAAGAAUCUAAUUACACCAGAUGAAAAGUUGAUGAUUACCCUGAGAUACCUAGCAACUGUUAAUUCAUAUGUCACCAUGUCAUAUUCUCAUAAACUAGGGAUAUCAACUAUAAAGCUUAUAAUAGGAGAAACAACAAAAGCUUUAUGGGAUAUUAUGCAACCCAUCAAUAUGAAGGUCCCAACAUUGGAGAUGUUUGAGGAAGUUGCUAAGGGCUUUGAUGAAAUGUGGAACUUCCCAAACUGUAUGGUGCCAUUGAUAGGAAACACUAAAACAAAAAAGCCUCCACAUUCUGCAACCCAAUUUUUUAAAUACAAGCAUGGAUUCUCAAUGAUCCUUCAAGCAUGUUGA